CGAAGAUUUAUUCCCACGCCUCAGUGUGUCUGUUUUAACAACGUCGAGAUCGCCGACCUGCUUCUGUGUUCCUACCCUACCGAGAGGCCAUUUGAAUACAGUGUUGGUGUUUGUUGGGAAGUUGAGGGAAUGGGCAAAUCUAUACAGCUGGGCCCCACGAGCACCUGCUUCCCGCUUGCUCCAUAUACAUUGUCCCAUUCUCGUGAACGGCAGCAUCCUUUCUUGCAAGCACUAGUCCCGUUUUCCCUAUACGGGAAAUGCCUUUUGCGCGUUGUGCGACUGUUGCAUGUGUGCUCGCUCUAUAGUAUGUAGCACUCCUGAUGCAUCUCUUCCUGAGCCGAUCUGCCCACUUACGAGUGGCUGCCUCAAUGUGAGUGUCAAUGUACUCGGAUGCAUCAGCCAACUGCUCCUUGUGCGAGUGAUAUAAACAAUCUGAGGCUCCACUCCGCUUUUCCAACCCUCGAGCUUGUCAUCUUUCCCUCUUUAUCUUCUAUGAAGUCUGAACCUGUGUCUCCUCGUUUAACAUCGCCCACAUCGCUUCAAAAGCCCAGCCAUCGCAUUGAGCUCUGCUCCUCAAAUCCUAGCCCUCCCGUUUCUCGUGCUUACUGGGAUCCAGUGCGAGAAGAUGGUCAUGCACCAACAAAUCAUCCUGCCCCUCAGAGUCUAGAGCCGUCUCCUACACCCGCGGAGCCCAAGACACAUCUUACCCCUGCAGAGUUGUUCUCCGCAACUCUUCCUCCGAUGCAGCUCCGACCACCACGUACACCCCGUCCACCACGCCGCUCUACGAAGGAGUUCCGUUUCAAACCUGCUAUUGUGGCCCCUGUAUUCAAUUGGCCGACUCAACAAGAUACGGAGUCAGGGCGCGGUUCCAACGGCUCACGGCCUCGGAGGUAUCCGUGCGAGUAUCCUACCUGCAGAACAGUAUUUGAACGGCCAAGCUCCCUCAGGCAGCAUAUGCGCGUUCAUACCGGCGAAAAGCCUUAUGAAUGCCAUGUAUGUGGGAAGCGGUUCUCUAUCUCCAGCAACGCACGCAGACAUGAUCGAGCAUGUCAUUCAGAAGAGGCGAUGCAAGCCGCGGCCAGUCGUCAGAUGGCACUGAACAAGCUCCUGGAAGAAGCAUCCUCCCGCGCGCAUUCGAGGGAUAAUGCCAGUCCUUCUCCUUCAGCAGAUGAAGAGGGGACCGAUUCCACACACUCGCUACCAUCCCCUUGUCCUUCCUCCCCUGAACAUCAGCAUGGUCCCCGACUGCUCUCCACCACGUCGCUAAUGACAUCAUCCCUGCCCACUUCUCUCGAGGGGCGUUUUCUCUCUUUCGACGAGGUUGAUCGUGGGAUGAAGCAGGAAGAAGGUAACCCUUCAGAUCUACUCAGUACUGGGCCGUCAAGUUGGCCACCACGAUGCUACGGAAACGUGCGGACGAAGACUUCACGAAGACCCGUCACUCAGUCGACCCUCCUUCCUUCGCCUAUCUCCUCACCCACAAGUCCUACAGGUCGAGCCUGGAUCUAGAGUUGUUUCCAUUUCUGCAUAUCGUCUUGUUAUACGUAUCUUUCUUGGUAAUUUUUGUAUUUGGGUUUUUGUCACCGUCAUUUCGCGCUUGUGUUUUCGCGAGGAAUUUGUUUGAAUUCAGCUGUCCCGCGUGUGUCGGACCCGUUUGUAUCUUGAUGGUUUGCCUCUGCCAAUACAACUGUAGCGAUGACUACCCC